AUGUCUGCUGCGUUAGGUGUUGAACUAUCAUAUAGCAAUGGAAUCACUACAGGAUUGGCUUCUAGCGAAAAUCGCAAUGCAUCUAAAACUAUACUAAGCAAAGCUGUGUGCAAAUUGGCAUGUGAAGCGGAUGCGAGAUGUGGGGUGUGGAGUGAUGCCCCACACCUCCCAUUUCCUCCCAGUCAAAAUGUCGCUGAGCACGGAAAAUCGAGUCGUACCCGUAUGAAACUUACAGUCCCAUAG